CAGAGCGGAGAGAAGCCGGGGGAGAAAGAGUUAGAAAAGGAGAGGGAGUUUGUAUCGGUGUUUAUGACAGACAGACAGGCUGACAGGCUAGUGGGAUGUCGUUGGACCGCUGACUCCACUUUCACCACCCUCGCUUUGUAACGGCGGUGCGAGUGGGACCGGUGACACGGAGCCCGGAGCAGAACCCGCACAGCGACGCACCGACGCCGGGGAGAGGUGAGGGGACCAUGGGCUCCGCUUCGUCCUCCUACCGCGUCAUUUACCUGGACGUGGACGGUAGGAUUCAGAAGGUGGUGUUCAGUAGAUUCUGCACCCCACGGGACAUUAAGGAGCUGUUCUGCACGGCCCUGGGUGUGCCAAGAAACACUAAUCUGUCCCUGCUGGAUUCAUCUGGAGCCAUGGUGUCCAUUGACCCCACCAUGCCACACAACACAGAGAGGUCACUGUACCGAGUGGUGCCUACGACUGGAGGUCAGCUUGCUGAUAAAGAGGAACUCUUUCAGAAUGUACUGACGCAAGUAGCAGAGCAGUUUUCAAGGGCGUUCAAGAUCAACGAGCUGAAGACCGAGGUCACCAACCGUCUUGCCAUGUUGGAGAAGAGAGUAGAGUUGGAGGGGAUGAAGGUGGUGGAGAUUGAGAAAUGUCGCAACGACAUCAAGAAGCUCCGCCAAGAGAUGGCAUCCAGAAACAACAGUAACUUCCUGGAAGACAAUAAGAAGCUGACUCCUCGCAGAGACGUGCCCUCCUACCCAAAGUACCAUCUCUCUAAGGAGACAGUAGAAGCUCUUAGAUUGCCUACAUUCGAUGCUUGGCAGUGGGAACCUAAUGAGAUGCUCAGCUGUCUGGAACAUAUGUACCAUGACCUGGGCUUGGUCAAAGACUUCAGCAUCAACCCUAUCACACUCAAGAGAUGGCUGCUUUGUAUUCAUGACAACUACAAGAAUAACCCCUUCCACAACUUCCGCCACUGUUUCUGUGUCACCCAGAUGAUGUACAGCAUGAUCUGCCUCUGCAACCUUCAGGAGAAGUUCACUCAGGUCGACAUUUUGAUUCUCAUGACAGCUGCUGUGUGUCACGAUCUUGAUCACCCCGGAUUCAACAACACGUACCAGAUCAAUGCCAGAACAGAGCUGUCAGUUCGCUACAACGACAUCUCCCCUCUGGAGAACCACCACUGUGCUGUGGCCUUCCAGAUCUUAUCUCAGCCCGACUGCAACAUCUUCUCCAACUUUGACCCUGAGGCCUUCAAACAGAUACGACAGGGAACCAUCACACUGAUCCUGGCUACAGACAUGGCACGACACGGUGAGAUCCUGGACUCCUUCAAGCAGAAAGUCGACAGCUUUGACUACGCAGACGAGGAGCAUGCCACCUGUCUGAAGAUGGUGCUCAUCAAGUGCUGCGACAUCUCCAACGAGGUGCGGCCCAUGGAGGUGGCUGAGCCCUGGGUCGACUGCCUGCUGGAGGAGUACUUCAUGCAGAGCGACAGGGAGAAGGCUGAAGGGCUUCCUGUGGCUCCGUUCAUGGACAGAGAAAAGGUCACCAAGCCGACGGCUCAGAUUGGCUUCAUCAAGUUUGUCCUCAUCCCCAUGUUUGAGACUGUGAUGAAGGUGAGGGUGCAGCACAGUGAUAAUGAAAGGGCAAAGUAACAGAGUUAUUGUGCACGACUAUUUUACAUGAAUGAACGUCCGUUACAUUUAAGCCAUUGCCAAAUGAGCUAACUAACUAGCUAACUAACUAGCUAACUAAGCUCCACAAAACUCCCUCUGUAUUCCUCAGUAUGGCUGUGUUUACAAAACGGCGUAGCGCAGCGAAUUUUGCGCGCAGAAGCGCCAGCGAUGCGUUUUUACAUCAGCGCUGAGAAAGGACAACGGCAGCGUUCAGCUUCGGAGACGAAGAGGACAUCAAAAUCACAAGAUAAUGACCUCUUCUGAAGAGUCCGUCAUGUUUUUGUUUUUUUUUGCGAUCACUGAAGGCUUGCGUCAUGUGGGCGCUGCGACAGUGUUGUUGUCAUGACUUAGAAUUUCUCAUGGGGGAGACAGAAUCUACGCACUAUAGCUUUAAACAAACACGCCGCCGCUUAGAGACAGUUACAGUUAUAUAAACACAAAGUCAUGAGGUGCUUGCUGUGAUGAUACUCACACUUAGUGUAUGUGUGUGUGUGUGUGUGUGUGUGUGUGUGUGUGUGUGUG